AUGAUUUUUCCUCGGGGAAUGCUCCUGUUCUUGAGGCUGCGUUUGCGUGAGGCGAAGCUGCCAUCGAAAUUAUCGAGUGGGACAAGCCGUCGCGGUGUCUACUCGGGUCGUCACUCAAAGUCUCUUCUCUGGCUUUCGCGUGACAGGGAGAAUGUUGCACAUCACGUUUUUCCUUCACAGGAAACGGCAUGCACCGUAUCGCAUUCCCUGUCAAAGGAGCCCGCAGUUAACGGACCGUCUUCAGCCUCCUUCUCUCCUUCUCCGCCACUUCUACUCGAUCCUCCAUUUACACCGGUUCCAGGUGAGUCGGAGGCUUUGAAACAGCGGGCGAAUAGCGCUGAACCCCUGUUUCUGCUGUACGUCUGUGGUAAUUGCAAAUCGCCUCUGUUCUGUAGUUCAGAGUAUGCGGCGUCUAGUUCUUUGGGUCGGCACAGUGGCGGGUGGCCGUCGUUUACAGCCCCAGUGCAUACUAGUGUGCUUCAGCUACGAAGCCUUCUUCAGAAGUGUGUACUGCAGGAUGGCGGCCGGGCUUCGCCAGCUGUGACUCUUGCGUCCUCUGGGUUGCGUGUCGAGGGGGACAUGCUGCGGCAGACGCGUAGUGGACGUUGUGUGAGGCUGCAGCAUCGUACAUGGCGUGAGGAGUGCCUAAGAGAUGAGAAUAAGCGAAGCGACCCGACUGUCCUGGAGGGCUGUUGUACCGUCUGUGGGAAGGCCAUUUGUCGGGUUGUAACGGAGAGACGCAAGGGGGUGAAGUACGUCGUUAACCCAACUGCUGUCUGGGCGGAGCGGACGGAAAGCAGCAACCCCGACGCCGAACCCGCACCACAUCCAUCAUGA